UUCCCUUCCCACUCUACUUUAUUUUUUCCCGUUGAUAAAUGCAUGUCUCCCUCUCUCAUCUGCUGCAAUAAAGUGUAGAGAGAGAGAAAGAGAGAGAGAGAGAUGGCUCUUCCGUUGGUCGACUGACCUCCAUUGCCGGAAAACUCGCACUGCAUCCCCAUUUCCUGCAUGUUUCUCCGGUAACACUCAGUCUGCAACUACUCCAUUUUCCUCAGAGACGCUCAGGCGAAGUGUUUUCUCACAUUCGAGCUCUAUCCUUUCCUCUCAGAUCGAAAUAUCUUUUACACCGACUCCAAAGUCCAGCUGUUUUUUUUCCGAAAAACUUUACCUCCAUACAUAUUUUCGCUCUCUUUUCCUUAUUUCUUUCCUUGGAUUUUAACUUCUGGAGAAGAGCUUAUACCUACUGUGAUUUGGGGGCUUUCUGGGGGGUUGCUUUUGUUAAUGUCGCUUUCAGGUCGGAUUUAUUAGGGGUUUUUGUUGUCUACCUGCUUCUAGGUUUUUCUGCAAUUUUUUCUUAUGGUCUCAAUUGUUUUAAACGUUCAGAGCUGAAUGUGGUGAAGCACCGGUUUUUUUUUAUCUAAGUUUCCUCUGCUUCCUGCAAGCUUUUAAGGAUUUUGCACUGUAAUUGUUUAAUGUUUUAACGGAAUUGUAGAAUUCGUUACGGUUUCAGCUCCAUUUCACAUUUUACCGGUUGUUUAUUAGGUCACAUUUUCGAAGGGGGAAAACUUAGGAGUUGUUUUUGUUGGGUUUUUUUUAUCAAACCAAGCAAUGCCUUAACAUAACUUGUCCGGUUUUUUCAUCGAAAAUGAGGAGUGUUGUUAGCCUUGUAUUCCUUUCGUUUUUCAUUUGCCUAACUCCGUUGUUAGUGAAGUCGUUGAGCCCGUCUUUGAAUGACGAUGUUCUGGGAUUAAUUGUGUUCAAAGCUGAUAUUCAAGAUCCUGAUGGGAAAUUGAGUUCUUGGAGUGAAGAUGCUGACAGCCCGUGUAACAAUUGGGUUGGGAUCAAAUGCAACCCUAGAUCCAAUAGAGUUUCUGAUCUUGUCCUUGAUGGCUUUGGCCUCUCGGGCAAGCUCGGCCGGGGUCUUCUUCAAUUGCGAUUUCUGCGCAAGUUAUCGCUUGCCAACAACAAUUUUACUGGGAGCUUGAGUCUCAGCUUUGCUCAGUUGUCUGAUCUGAGGGUCUUGGAUUUGAGUGAGAAUGGUUUAUCAGGGGAGAUUCCAAGCGAUUUCUUUAGCCAAUGUGGAUCUCUAAGAUCAAUUUCAUUGUCUAAGAACAGGUUUUCAGGGUCUGUUCCUGAGAGUUUGGGCUCAUGCUCGACUCUUGCUUCGCUUAACCUCUCAGGCAAUCAGUUCUCUGGGGCUUUGCCAGUGGGAAUGUGGUCCAUGACGGGGCUUAGGUCGCUUGAUUUGUCUGAAAACAUGUUGGAGGGUGAAAUUCCCAAGGGGAUUGAAGGUUUGAACAAUUUGAGGGUGAUAAGUUUGAGGAGUAAUGUGUUCUCUGGUGAAGUGCCUGAUGGGAUUGGGGAUUGUAUGUUGUUGAGAUCGGUAGAUUUGAGUCGAAAUUCCUUCUCUGGUGGGCUGCCGAGCACAAUGCAGAAGCUUUUGUUGUGCAACAAUCUAGUUUUAGGUAGAAAUGGGCUGACAUGGGAGGUUCCUGAGUGGAUUGGAGAAAUGAGAAGCCUUGAGAACCUCGAUCUUUCUGAGAACAAUUUUACCGGCGUACUCCCGGUUUCUUUGGGGAAGCUUCAAUCGUUGAAGAUUCUUAAUGUAUCCAACAACGCCCUCACCGGGAGCUUGCCUGAAUCCAUGAACAAUUCCAUAAACCUUCUGGCUUUUGACAUUAGUCAUAAUGCCUUUUCGGGUGGUGUUCCUUUAUGGGUGUUCAAACUUGGUUUGCAGCAAGUUCUGUUUUCAGGCAACAGAUUGAGUGGGAGCAUUCAUAAUGCUUUAGCCUUUUCACCGGAGAACUCUCAGAAAAAGCUUGUGGUUUUGGAUGUGUCCCGAAAUUUUCUAUCUGGUGUAAUUCCAGCUGCUCUUGGGAAUUUUGGCAGCUUGCAGUUAGUAAAUUUGUCCAGGAACUCAUUCAUUGGCAGCAUUCCAUCGAGUAUUGGACAACUGAAAGUUUUAAAUUUUCUGGAUUUGAGUGAGAAUGGGUUAAAUGGCAGCAUUCCUUCGGAGAUUGGAGGACUAACAUCCCUUGAUGAACUAAGAUUCGAGAAGAACGUAUUGGGGGGCAACCUUCCUUUGUCAAUCGGAGAUUGCAGUUCGCUUAAGUCCUUGUACCUCGCGCAUAAUGAAAUAACUGGUCCUAUUCCUACUUCCCUUUCAAAGCUCUCUUAUCUUCAAACUGUUGACCUCUCUUUCAACAAGCUCACUGGAACCCUACCGAAGCAGCUGGCAAAUCUUGUGCACCUUGAGUUAUUUAAUGUUUCACACAACCAGCUACAAGGUGAACUGCCAGCUGGUAGUUUCUUCAACACCAUCGCUCCAUCAUCUGUAUCAGAAAACCCAUCUCUUUGUGGAUCGGCAGUCAAUAGAACUUGCUCCACGGUCCUUCCAAAACCUAUUGUACUUAAUCCAAACUCCACUGAUGCAUCACCUACUACCAUUGCUCCAAGCUUUGGUCGGGGAAAGAAGAUCCUCAGCAUUUCUGCCCUAAUAGCUAUUGGUGCAGCAGCUGCCAUUGUGAUCGGUGUUAUUACUAUCACUGUUCUUAACCUUCGUGUACGUUCUUCCAUGCCUCGCUCUGCAGUAGCUCUUACUUUCUCUGGUGGUGAUGACUUCAGCAAGUCACCUUCCACAGAUGGAAGUUCUGGGAAGCUCGUCAUGUUCUCAGGUGAUCCUGACUUUAGCACUGGGGCGCAUGCCCUUCUGAAUAAAGAUUGUGAACUUGGCCGUGGAGGAUUUGGGGCCGUCUACCGAACUAUGCUCAAGGAUGGACGCUCUGUUGCCAUCAAGAAGCUCACUGUGUCUAGUCUUGUCAAGUCCCAAGAAGAAUUUGAAAGGGAAGUCAAGAAAUUGGGCAAAGUUCACCAUGCCAAUCUUGUUGCACUUGAUGGUUAUUACUGGACUCCCUCAUUACAGCUUAUCAUCUACGAAUUUGUCCCUGGUGGAAAUCUAUACAAGCAUCUCCAUGAAGAAGGCUCUGGUGAGAACUACUUGUCGUGGAAUGACAGGUUCAAUAUCAUUCUCGGGGCUGCUAAAGGCUUGGCUCAUUUGCAUGAGAUGAAGGUGAUUCACUACAACUUGAAGUCGAGCAACAUACUGAUUGACAGCAACGGAGAAGCUAAGGUUGCAGAUUAUGGUUUAGCAAGGCUGCUACCAAUGUUGGAUCGGUAUGUCCUAAGCAGCAAAAUCCAGAGUGCUCUUGGUUACAUGGCACCUGAAUUUGCAUGCAAAACUGUCAAGAUUACUGAGAAAUGUGACAUCUAUGGUUUUGGCAUACUGGUCUUGGAGAUAGUGACCGGGAAGAGGCCAGUCGAGUACAUGGAGGACGACGUGGUGGUGCUCUCGGACAUGGUGAGGGGAGCGCUUGAAGAGGGGAAAGUUGAGGAAUGCGUUGAUGGGAGGUUGCAAGGGAAGUUCCCGGCUGAGGAGGCUAUCCCAGUGAUGAAACUGGGUCUGAUUUGCACGUCGCAGGUGCCAUCUAACAGGCCUGACAUGGCAGAAGUAGUUAACAUAUUGGAGCUCAUCAGAUGUCCUUCUGAAAGCCAGGAUGAGUUGGGAGACUUCAACUAACUGUUAGGAAACAAGUGAGAAGAAAUCUGGGCUCAAUUAAUGGUCAUGAUUCGUAUUCUUUCUCCCUUUUUACAUUGUAUUUUGGCAGAAUUUUUGAUAGGUCUGUAAUUCCUUCCUUGCAUGUUGAAUUCGAAUUUAUUUUCGCCGGAUUCGGACGUUUAUUCAUAUUGCUUUACUUUAA